AUGUCCGCCUUCCUCCCACUCUUCGACGCCGACCUCGGGGACCAUGCUCUCCUCGGAGCACUCGCCCGCAUCGGCCCUCUUAUCGUCCCCUACUCUCUGAAAGACUCAACCUCCAUCCCGCAAAAUGCCAGUCGGUACAUCCUCGUCGACCGUGACUCAUCUUUGGCCGCAGAUGAGGUCGUCCCCAUCCUUGACCAGGGCGCAGACAAGGUCAUCCUUCCCCUCACCCUCGCCAAGGACAUCAUAGGCACCGCACCUGCAGAGCGCCUCCUCCUGCUUCUCGAUGUUGCAAAUGUCAGCGCCGUCUCCGACAAAAUCCGUAGCGGAGUGUCUGGCGUGCUCAUCAAGACCCCCUCUGUCGAUGUGGACUUCAUCGGAUCCGUCUCGCGAUUUUUCGCGGGUUCAUCCGUGCACGUCCUUCCCGUAAGCCUCAGCGAGCCCCCUUCACGAUCCACCAUUCGCGGGCUCGCGGGUGCGGGUACGGUCCUAGUCAUUCCGACCUCCCUCCUGACUCUUGCUCCGACCGACGCCAAGCAGCUCAAUGUCGCGGACGCAUUCCUCGCAAACAUCACCUCCGACCGCCCAGACGGUCUCUUCCCCACCGUCGUCUCCUCCCACCUCGACGGUGAGCGUACGCUCGGCCUUGUCUACUCCUCGAUCGAAUCAGUCCGGGAAAGCAUCGCCACGGGUAAGGGCGUAUAUCAGUCACGCAAGCACGGCCUCUGGCGCAAGGGCGAAACUUCUGGGGCGACUCAGGACGUCGCGCGAAUCCGCCUUGACUGCGACUCGGACGCGCUGGAGUUCAGCGUCGUGCAGCACGGCGCGGGCUUCUGCCACCUCGAUCGCCCUUCUUGCUUCGGCGAGACCAGCGGGCUCUCUGCGCUUGAACGUACGCUGCAGUCUCGCCUCGAAUCCGCCCCCGAAGGAUCAUAUACCCGGAGACUGUUCAGCGACCCCGAGCUGCUCAGCUCCAAGAUCAUGGAGGAGGCGGACGAGCUGUGCCGCGCCGAAACGAAGGAGGAAGUCGCAUUCGAGGCCGCCGAUCUCUUCUAUUUUGCGUUGACUCGCUGCGUCGCGGCUGGUGUUAGUAUCGCCGACAUUGAGCGCUCUCUGGACACCAAGGCGAAGAGGAUCAGCCGGCGCGCAGGCAAUGCCAAACCGCAAUGGACCCAGAAGGCUACCGCAGAGACCAGCGCAGCUCCGAAGCCUACCCCGGUACCUGCACCUGCGCCUGCGCCCACGGUCGAUGUAGACGCACCCAUCCGCAUGCGCACGUACGAUCUCGCAGCGGCCUCCCCCACGGAACGUGCACAGCUCCUGCGCAGGCCGGUGCUGAAGUCGGACGAGAUGAUCGCGAAGGUGAAGCCGAUCGUGGACGACGUGCGCACGCGCGGGGACGCCGCGUUGCUCGAGCUCACCGCCAAGUUCGACCGCGUGCAGCUCGACGCGACGGUCAUCCGCCCCCCGUUCGCACCCGAGACGAUGCAGAUCGCAGAUGACGUGCGUGCCGCGAUCGACGCCGCGUACGCGAACAUCCGCAAGUUCCACCAGGCGCAGGCGGACCAAGACACGCUCGUCGUCGAGACGAUGCCCGGCGUCGUGUGCUCCCGCUUCGCGCGGCCCAUCGCGCGCGUCGGGCUCUACGUCCCCGGCGGCACCGCCAUCCUGCCCUCGACUGCGCUCAUGCUCGGCAUCCCCGCGCAAGUGGCGGGCUGCCGCGAGAUAGUGCUCGCGACGCCCCCACGCCCGGACGGCUCCGUGUCCCCGGAGGUGAUGUACGCGGCACAGCUCGUCGGGGCGAGCGCGAUCCUCAAGGCGGGCGGCGCACAGGCCGUCGCCGCGCUCGCGUUCGGGACCGCGAGCGUGCCCAAGGUCGACAAGAUCUUCGGCCCGGGCAACCAGUGGGUCACCGCCGCGAAGAUGCUCGUCCAGAACGACACGGACGCGCUCGUCGCGAUCGACAUGCCCGCGGGCCCGUCCGAGGUGCUGGUGAUCGCGGACCACACGUGCAACCCCGCGUUCGUCGCGGCGGACCUGCUCUCGCAGGCGGAGCACGGCGUCGACUCGCAGGUCGUGCUCGUCGCGGUCGCGCUCGCCGCAGACCGCCUCGCCGCGAUCGAGGCGGAGGUCGACGCGCAGGCGCGCGCGCUGCCCCGCGUCGACAUCAUGCGCGAGUCCGUCGCGAAGAGCAUCAUCGUGAAGACGGACACUGUUGCGGAGGCACUUGCGUUCAGCAACGACUAUGCCCCGGAGCACCUUAUUCUGCACCUCGAGGAUGCGCCGGGCGCCGUUGCGGCGGUCGAGAAUGCCGGUAGUGUGUUUGUUGGGCCAUUCUCGCCAGAGAGCUGCGGCGACUACGCGUCGGGCACGAACCACACGCUGCCCACGAAUGGCUACGCGCGCCAGUUCAGCGGCGUGAACACGCUCUCCUUCCAAAAACACAUCACCUCGCAAGAGGUCACUGCAGAGGGCCUGAAGGGCUUGGGACCUAUCGUCGCGACCCUUGCGGACUGCGAAGGACUCGGUGCCCACGCGAACGCAGUGCGCAUCCGGCUACAAGCGCUCAACCAGUCAUAG